UUUAAUAAAACAAAGAUGUAACUCAAAAUUUGUGAAUUCUGCGAUUUUCUACUAAAACGCAUAUUCAUUGCAUAAAGAAUAGGUAGAAUUUGACACUGGCUCAGUUGCGGUCAAAAUGAGCGAGAUGCACGAUCGCUCUUCUCUUUUUAAUUAACUGGUAUCGACAGGUCGAUUCCAAUAAAGUGGUGUGAUUCAGUGUUCCACCGGCAGUGAGUCAAGCAGGACGAAUUUUCGGUUGGUGUAACUUGAAAUAACUCUGUCUUGGAAUAAAAGAAUAUUAUUAUAAUGACGUCUUGGAGAACAAGGAGAAUCUUGGAUCUGCUUUCACAAAACAAAAUUGAAUCUGAAAAAGAAGACUUUGAGCCUGCCGAACGAAAAGAUUACGAAGAGACAGUGGUCAAUAAUUUAAACUGUAUGCAGGUAGGUAUCUUUAAAACAAUCAAAACAUAUUAAUUAUAAUGGACCAAUAAGUGUAUAAAGUAAUGGAUUAACGGCUAGAUGUCAAUUAAAUCAAAUAUUUUAUUAUGUUACGUGUUAUUUUACGUCCUCGGUGCUGCCUUUUAAUGUAUUUUUUGUAUAAUUUAUCAUUUUAGGCAAAAGAUGUAGAGAUCCAAGAAAAUAUGCCUCCUGCUCCCAACAUAAUUUGUGACAAGCAAAUGCUGGUGCCACAUUUUUUGCUGACAACUGGAAAAACAACCGUAAGCCUUGUACCCGAUUAUGAUAGUGAAGGUACACUAAGUGAAAACGAAAUUACAAAUGCAAAUGAUUGUAACAUUGAGCCUGGUGUACUCGCCCCUAAAAAUUAUAUUAAGCGUUCAUCAUCUUCUAGUUCAUCAUCCUCUACAUCAUCUUCCUCUAGUUCAACCUCUAGUUCCUCUUCAUCUAGCUCUUCUUCGGAACCAAGUAAUCAAAAAAACGGGCUUCAACCUGAGGGACGAACACAAUCACCGUCUAAUUCACCCACAUGUAGUGAACCCGAAAGACGUAUACGACAGCGCAAAAAUAAUGAAAGCGUGGCAAAUUACAAUAUUUCUCCUAUAUACACCGAUCAAAGCGACAUUGAUCUAAGCGACGACGAUCCAACUAUAGACUUUGAUAAGCUGCUAGAUAAGCCAUCCAGAAGAAGAAACCUUUUGUUUGAUCAACCUACUCCCUAUUCCUCUGACUCUGACUGUAGCACAGAACAAAAUGAUCAGAGGGGCCGCAAGCUUUCACGAAAUGUUAAUAAAUGGCAACAAAAUACAUCAAAAAGGAUGAGAAAUAAAGGUGAAUCAUACGUCUCGAUGUCAAAAUCUCGCAAAACUAUUCCUGCCCGCUAUAUUAAAGAUACAUGUACCGAGAAAUGUAAAUUUAAAUGUGUAGUGAACAUAAAUGUUGAAUGUAGAUAUAAGAUUUUUAGUGACUUUUGGAAUUUAGGUAAUAUAAUUACACAGAGGGCUUACAUUCGAACAUGUAUGUCUGAUGUGACUCCAAAAUAUAAGUAUACUAAUACUGAAAACCCCAGGCGUCCUAACAAAGCCUUCUAUUUCACUAUAAACGAUGAAAGAAUUCGAGUCUGUAAGACAUUUUUUAAAAACACUUUGUCAGUAUCGGAACGAAUGGUAUACACGGUUCAAUCUAAAAUGAAUGAAGGUUUUAUGAUGGAAGACCUGAGGGGUAGACACAAUAAUCAUAAAAAACUAAAUCCGCAGUUAAUACAAGAUAUCAAAACACAUAUUGAUAUGAUUCCAAAAAUCGAGUCUCAUUACGUAAGGGCUUCGACUUCAAAACAGUAUAUUGGUGGCGAUAAAGCGAUAAAAGACUUGUACAAUGACUUUGUAACAAAGCAAACAGAGACUAAUAGGGAGAGAGGUAAUUAUAUGGCGUAUUACAAAAUUUUUACAAAAGAGUUUAAUUUAGGAUUUUUCCAGCCCAAAAAAGAUCAAUGUGAUCUAUGUGUAUCAUAUAAUAAUUCAAACACAAUUGAAAAGCAACUUUUGGAAGUAAAAUAUUUAAAACAUUUAGAAGAAAAAACAUUGAGUCGUUCUGAAAAAGAAGCUGACCGUCAAAAUAUAACUAAAGAUAGUAAAGUCGUAAUCUAUGAUUUAGAAGCUGUAUUACAAUGUCCGAGAGGGGAUACGUCAGCAUUUUACUACAAGUCGAAGUUAAACAGUUACAAUUUAACUUUGACAGAAUUAGAAAAAAGAGAAAAAAAAGCAUAUGAUAAUGUACACUGUUACUUUUGGACUGAGGUAGAUGCUAAACGUGGUGCAAACGAAAUUGGAUCAUGUGUUUGGGAAUAUUUAAAAACUGUAUGUGCGGAAGAUGCAUCUCUAAAACAGAUUAUAUUUUACUCAGAUAACUGUUGUGGGCAGAAUAAAAACAAAUAUAUCACUAGUUUGUAUUUGUAUGCUGUGAAUUAUUUAAAUAUUUCUAGUAUAACACAUAAAUUUUUAAUAAGGGGUCAUACCCAAAAUGAGGCAGAUAGUGUUCAUAGUCUUAUAGAAAGAGAAGUGAAGAAAAAUUUAAGAUCAGGGCCAAUUUACUGCCCUGAUCAAUAUGUAGCAUUAAUCAAAAAUGCAAAAAAAAGUAAGCCUGCCAUUAAUGUACAUGAAUUAACGUUCGAAUCUUUUGUGAACUUAAAAGCUCUCCAAGAGGAAUGGGGAUAUAAUUUUACCAUUGACAAAGAAGGAAAUAGUGUAAAUUGGAAUGAUAUUAAGGUACUGAAAAUGAUUAAAUCGGAACCUCUGAGCUUUUAUUAUAAGACUUCAUACAGCGAUACUAUUUUUAAAGAAGUUGAUGUUAGGAAUAAAAGGAAGAAAAUGUUACCAAUAUCAGAUAUUUCUUUAACUAAUGCUUAUAAUGAAAGGCAACAACUUAGUGAUAAUAAAAAAAGGGAUUUAAAAGAAUUGAUAACAAAUAAGUUGAUUCCUUCCUUUUACACCAAUUUCUAUAAUUCUAUAAUUUAAUAUAGAUACAACUUCGAACCAAAGGUGAUAAAAGUCCUUACGUUUGUAUUGUGUUAACUCUAUACAAUUAAAAUAUUUGAAUGUUUAUUGAUGUGUAACAUCUUUCCUCUCGCUUUCCUGCAAUUUGUGGGAACGAUUUCGUGAAAUGGGACGGAAGUGUGUAACAGGAAGUCGCGAAAGCACGCGCUAUUUGAUUUGAUUUUAGAACAUAAUGUUCAAAUGGCUUAUUCCUUUUCUAGUAGGUUUUAUUACUUUUUUUACUAAUAUAAGGUGAGGUUUCAAAUGUUUCACAUCAUACGCGACUACUGUAAAGCUCGUUCGUUUUUUUUAAUAUUAGUUUUUUUGAUUUCACAUCUAACAUUUUUGCAAGUGAUACUGUUUUAGAUACUGAUUUUAUGAAUAUAUUUAAACGUUAUGUUUAUUUUUGAUAAGAAGUUCAGUUUUUGUUUUGCUUUACAUUUACUAUUGUAGUGAGAGGUUCUAAACACUGAUUGUAUAAUAGAAAUUAAGAAAAAUAUUUAACAAAUAAUGUAGAUUUAGCCAAAGAAGUCUAUUUUUGUUUUGUUUUACUUUUUAUAGAUUAUAACGAGAUUGAUAGUAAAUGAAUGUGAUUAAAAUUCAAAUAUACCUAAAGUUAAUUAAUUUGGGAGAUAUUGUUUUUCAGUUUUAAGUUUCAAAGACUGAUUUUGCGAACCUUUGUGAUAAUAAAAAUAUCGAAUUAAAGUCGGCUUACAUGUUUUAUUUCUACCAAAAAUGAUACAAUAUAAAGUAAAAUUUCAUAAUCAAUAUUUUGAAUACUAAUAAAAGGAAGUAAUGUGUGAUAAUCUCAUAAUGACAAUAUCGCUUUAAAACUAAAGUAAUUAUUUACGAUAUACUUCAUUGGAAAUUUCGAAAAUGUUACAAAAUUUUUGGCAUAAACCGAUUUAAGAAGCUAAGGUUUUUUUUGGAGCUAAAAUUAUGUAACUAUAAUAAAUUUUAGCUAAAUAUUUAUACGGAUUCCCAAAUCUCUGAAAUUUAACUUAGUGAUAUCAUAAGCUAAAUUUAUAGAAAAGUUAAUAAAUGUUCAUAAAUCCCUAAUCGAACACUAUGCGGUCGAAGUGCUAAUCUUUAAACCGUUAUUCCCACAAGUAAUGAUUUUUGAAUUAAAUCUUUGUUUUAUUAAGCGUGCGAUAUGAACAUUUAUUAUACCUUGGUGUAAAGGAUUGUGGAUUUUUUUUGAAACUAUAGAGAAGAAGAAUUAUGCCAAACCAUACCGCGAUGUACAUGUAUGAACAGCGCCAUCUGUUAAAAAACUCACACACCAUGUACCUACCUAUUCUAACGCAAUGUCAGUUUACUUUUUUAAAAUUUUUACGUUUUUUAAAUUAUGUAAUUAUAUUAAUAUAUAUUUUUACAAUUAUUAUUAUGAAAGUUCGUUUCACUUCUGACAUGCGUAUUCUGUACACACGCUGUUUUUUUUACAUCUCUGUAUUAGUAAGUUGGUAUAGGUGUGUACCUAGAAUACAUUUAUUAUCUCUUAGCACACUUAUGUAUAAUGUGUGACUGAGUGAUUGCAAAUAUUGACACAGAUCGAUUCGAUUCGGUGCUAUCGACAUACUAAUCAUAAUAUUUGUUGCAUUUUAUAUUAUCAUUGUUUAAACUAGUGUUUAUAACCUUUUC